UGUUGCUUAUCAGUAUAACGACACAACAAUUUGGUGAUCAUUAAGAAGCAUCCUUAUUAGGCUGCAGUCGAUUUAUUAAGACGUUUUCAAUCUAUUUUACAAUGGAGGCUUCUGUAUCUAAUGUAGAGGUCUGUAACUUUGCUUACACCGGACAAUUUGAGAAGUUAAGACAGUGCAUUUUGUCGGAUAAAAGGCUUGCCUGUAAAACGGACCAGGAUCACAGAACAGCCCUCCACUGGGCUUGUUCAGCUGGUCACACUGAUAUUGUGGAAUUUCUUCUUGACAUGGGAGCUGAAGUCAACCUGCAGGAUGAUGCUUCUUGGAGCCCUCUUCAUAUUGCAGCAUCUGCAGGCAGAGAAGACAUAGUGAGGUCUCUGAUAUGCAAAGGAGCUCAGCUGAACUCCGUUAAUCAAAAUGGAUGCACCCCUCUUCACUACGCGGCCUCUAAAGACAGAUAUGAGAUUGCUCUGCUGUUGUUAGAAAAUGGAGCGGACCCAAAUGCCACAGAUAAGCAGGAUUCCACUCCCCUUCAUAGAGCAUCUGCCAAAGGCAACUACCGCCUCAUCCAGCUGCUUCUCAAACAGAGCGCUUCAACCAACAUCCAGGACUCACAGGGGAACACAGCACUGCACCUGGCAUGUGAUGAGGAGCGUGUGGAGGCUGCCAAGUUGCUGGUGGAAUAUGGAGCCAGCAUCUACAUUGAGAACAAGGAGGAGAAGACCCCUCUCCAAAUUGCCAAGGGUAGUCUGGGUACCAUACUACGUCGGAUAGUAGAAGGAUGAUGCAUUUACUGACACAUGUUGUAUUCCCAAUAGAAUCUACAGUGUUGCUGAGUUACAUAAAGAGAAUUCUCUUCCCCUGUCGUCCUACUUGAUGAUAGGGACACAUUUGUGUGUGUGACAGGUGGAAGAUGAUGAGACAGUGUUAAGAGAAGAGUUGGAACGGUCCGUAUCGUUUCCAGCUCGUCAGAUGCGGCGCUUAAACUGUUAAGAUGUUAGAUUUCUGAUCAAAAACACACUCCUGCACUAUGCGCAGUCGGUCAACCACUUCAAAUUAUUUUCUAUGGUAUUUUCAAGUGCUGCAACAAUGGUGGAAUAAAAAUCCUUGUUCAACCUGCUGCAAA